CCGGGGGGGGUCGCCCGAGGCCACACCGUGCCGACCCGUCCCUCACGGGGGUGCUGAACCCUCCAGGGAUGCCCUGCUGCAGGCUCUCCUGGCCUAGCAUCUGCCUCCCUGCCGUCGGGGACGGGCCGCCUCGUUUCUAGGGCCUAGACCCUUCCCAUGGGGAGCGGGGCAGGUAAAAACAGGGGAGAAAUUAACAAAAACCAAGGAUCAUAGAAUGGGUUGACAUCGCCAAUGAUCUUCUAAUGAAGUGUCACAUAAAUCUACACAUAAAGAAGCUUUUAGAAUGUGAUGCCAAUGUAUUUGUUCAUCUUUAUGAAUCAAUUUUAGGAGAAAAAGUACCAGACUACAUAACUGCUCCCAGAACCCAAGAGGAUGAUGCACAUAAUGUACAAGCAGUGAUAGACUCUCUAGCACUGGACUAUUUGCAAGUUAGCUUGUCACAUAUCACCGGGGAGAACAUUGUGAAGGGAGAGAGAGAAUCUAUCAGAAAUCUGUUAGAAAUAUUUGAUGGCCUGCUGGAAUAUCUUACAGAAGUCAGUGAAGCUUCUUCUCAGAGCGGUGAUGAGCCUGACAUGCUAAUUAACAAUGACAUUCAAAGUACACCUCAAUUGCAACUGGAAGAUGAUGCCAAGGAAUCCAUGCCAAUACAAAAACUCCCAUCAGUUGUGGGAUCAUCCCAAUCAGAGAUUUCUAUUCCAUCUUGGGAAGUUGAAGGAUCAGAAUCUACCAGUGAAUUAAUUAAGCUUGGGGACACUGCAUGUUCACUUUCGUUAAGGGAAGAAGGGUUCCAGCUCCCUGAACUAUUGCCUGCGGAGACAGAUGUCUCCAAGGAGGCCAAAGAACCUGAGAGUGCUCAUGUGGCAUUACCGCGUCAACCCUCAAGUAGCAGAAGAGCACUUGUAAGAGAGAGGAAAGGAUCAGCAGAAUCUGUUCAUUCCACUGAAUUUCACAAAGAGAGUUUGAGUUCCAGUGCUAAAAAGCUUGGGGAGCCCAUUCGCCCAGCCAUUCCGUUGCAGCCACCAUAUCAGCCAUCUGAGCCCAGGCCCCAUUAUCCCGUAGGAAGGGAAUACCAGAGCCCAGGAAGACAGUCAGCAGCUCUGGCCAGUAGUCAAACAAUUAAAACUCCUGCUUCUGCAGAAUCAUGUAGACAGGAAUCUGAAACUAGUUCUGGGAACACUUCUGUGUCAGGGAUCACCUGUGAUUUUCCAGCUGGAGAUAAGAUGGUCUCAGAAGAUGAUGAGCUAAAUGGUGAUGAGGGUGCAGCAAAGGAUCUUGGUGUAUAUGGAACAUCUACGUCCACUUCUCACUUACACCGUGACAUUUCAUCAUGCACCCAACAGACGACAUCAAAAGCAUUAACCCCAAAACCUGAAACAAAGAGUCUGUCUGAUGUUGAGAGAUAUGAGAGUUCCAUCCCCGAUUCGCUUGGGGAAGAGCCUCUCUUCCGCAGAAGGUCAAAGGGGAAAUUAUCCGAGCAGGAGCUGGAGGAAGUGUCAGAGAAGCUCUCACGCAGGUUAAAUGAACUAGAUUUAAUGUUAAAGAGAGCUUUGGGUGAGCGCAGUAGGGAGGAGGAGCUGACAGAUGAAGACAGAUUGUCUCAGCACAGUGACAGUGUCAUGGAUUACCGGAGGAGGAUACUUCACCCAGGCACCCCAUGUCCAAAAAAAAAUACCAGGCCACGGUCCCUUUCUCCAUCCUCACCUCCAUCCAGGUAUCUACAUCCCUCAGCGUUUGAAGAUGCACUUCAGAGAGAUGCAAGAGGCCAGAUGGGGCAGAUGCGCAGGCAAUUUCAAAAGGAACAGGAUUACAGGAGAAUGAAAGCAAAGCUGAUGACUAAAGCGUAUGAAGAUGAGUUAAGAAUUUAUCAAGCUAGAGAGAGACUCGAACUCUCCAAACUAAGAGCAAAAGCUAAGGAAAAGGAACGAGAAUACAAAGAAAACAUAUUUAAAGAACCUCCAAAAAUGCCUCAGCCAGUGAAAGUUUAUUCUAGAAAACCCACACCUCGGAAUCCCAAACACAGCCAGUGGAUUCCAAGAGGAGGCUACGCAAAGCCAAAGAAAGCAGCUCCAAUGAAAGUAAAGGAUGAUGAUCUCUUGCCUCUGCUAUUGGAAGAGUUUCCCCAUCUGCAUAUUUCCCACCACUCCUUGAACAAAAUGUGGCAGCAACGGCUUGCACAGAUUGAACGAUUUAAGUCGUCUUCUGGCACAGAGAGAUCAAGAUUGAAACUCCAAAAUGAAGUAGAAGAAGCUCUGAAGAAGCGUGACCUCCUUGCUGAAAUUAUUAAGAAGGAUCAAGAUCACAACAAGAGACUGCAAGAGUUUAAGCAGCGCAUCCAUCGACAGAAGUGGACCCAGAACAAAACUAGAGAGAAACGUCAGCAAAUUGCUCGAGCCAAGAAGUACUAUGAAGACUACCGUGUCCAGCUGCGUGCCAGAAUGAUGCGGGCAAGGACGCGGGAAGAAAGGAUAUUUAAAAACCUGUUUGAAGAAGGCUUAGAGAUUCAGAAGCAAAGGCUAGAGGAGCUGAGAGCUUAUGCUAAAGAGAAGCGUGCUGAGCAAAAAAGAGUACAUCAAAAUGAACUGGAGUCCAUGGAGAACUACUACAAAGAUCAGUUUUCAAUGCUAGCAGAAACUGUGUCUCGAGAACAUCAGGAAAUCAAAACCAGAGAGAGAACUCAAGCAAAAAUGCUACAGAAAACAAAGAGGGAGGUGAGAUCAAAGGUGGAAAAGGAAAUUCAGCAGCUGCAGACUAUGAUCACUCAAGAUGAUGAUGAUACUUUCUUUCGAGAGUUGGAAGCAGAACGACUGAAAUCCAGACUUCAGAUGGCUUCCUUUCAGUACAGCAAAAACCAUUUCUUGUAACACUUAGGCAAUUACCUGUCAGUGCAGUUGCUUUCUGGCCAUGGCGCUGUUGAAUUUGUUAGGGAAUUGCCAUAACUGGAGGAUAGUGACCGCUGUGCUGUAAAGCAUCCAGCUCAUCUUGUUUACAAUGUUGAAGGCACGAUGCCAUCAAUGUGUCAGUAGCUGGGACUCUUGAACACUUUUUUACUGUAACACUUGAAUAAAGUUUAAACUAUUGCUUAACUACUUUAAAUUGAGGCAAUCUGUGUUGUGCUCAACUAUGUAGAAGUAAAUCUGGUUAAGUCAAAGUUCUUAGCUCAGGUUUUGCAGGUCUGAGCCAUUUCUGUACUGUACCCACUGUUACCAGUUUUCAGCAUGAUGGAUAUUAAAAUUCUUGUAGAUCAGAGCUGCAUUUUUUUUUGCCAGAGUAAAAUGUAUGAGUUAUAAUUGACAAACUUCUCAAAAUAAUUUGACUGCAAGACUUAAUGUAAUUACAAAAGGGCAAAGCAGUGGUUCUUUGAGAUAAUGCCAAUUGCUUAAGUUUGCUCUAGGGGAGGAAGUUAGAAAAGGGUUUCCAGUAAAUCUGAUGUGUAACACUGUUGUUUCUUGUACUACUGAAUAAGGGAGGAGCACAUUGCGCUGUACACAGCAUUAUGACGCACUGCAUGUUGCAGAAAGGUGUGUUCAAUAAGAGUGCAUUCUUAUGAUACCUGUGCAGAAUAGGUAACAAAGGAAGACUAUACUAAUUCGUGCCAAACGCUUCCUCUAAGCAGGUCUUCCUAAAGCAGUCUUGUUCACUCACACUUCAAGCUCCAGUAGAACAAUAUUUACCAACGGAUAAAACUGCUGGAACUUGCAGGCUUUUAAUUACUUUCCAGAGGGCAUAUAAGUGUGCUUUAAAUCUCAAACUUAGCAUUUCUUUAUGCAGUUGCUAUUGGCAGGGGGCUGUAACAACUCCAUUUGUAUCGACCAGUUAUAGUCUACUGCCUUCCUUAGAUUUUUGUGGAUCUUUCCACCUCGUAAAGGUUUGCAUAUGGUUUGUGCAGACUUUAAACAAGGCUUUCAAAAUUUAACUGACUGCUGCAGUGAUCUAUUUGGCAUGUGAUGGUCUAGGACUGACUGCAAGUAUUCAGACCUCAAACAGUGGAACUUUAAGUAAGUAAUCUGCUAACUGAGAGUCAGGAAUGAAGCAGUAAACAUGAUACAAUUUGAGCUAAAGCAGUCGAUUACUAGACUUGUAUUCAGUCUUCUCAAAGCAAGAGCCUAUAUUUAGCUGUCAUAUUAGGACAACGCAGGUUAGUUCUAGCCUUGUCAGGGUAUUUAAAACAGGUUUUCAAGGCACUAGUUAAAGUUUCAGGUCUUAAAUUUAACUUGCAGUUCAGUGUUCACCUUUCAACUGAGAACAUUUCAAGUAUGGAAGCUCUUAAAGCUUGCUGCCUGCAACCUACCUAUGUUCUGUAGUUAGUGUUACCUCUGCUACUCAAAUGCUUGGUCUGGGGGGACCCACCUGCAAGUUCUAGCGGGAGCUCUGCUACACCGACCCUGUGUAAUUACACAAGGCAAGUGACCUGGUGCCUGAGCCUUAUUUGCUGAACAUUUUAUUUGCCCCUGUAGCCUGCACAGAUGUCCUGGGCACUGCUACCUGUCAGUUAGGGAACAGUUCCCACAAACACAAGUGUCCUGUCAACAGGCCAGGUGAUGGAAGGCUCUUGAGCACUUGUGAAAGUAUUGAGGGCAGGUGUGCUACAGCUUUGGGGAAAGAGAAGAUUGCAUCUAACACGUUUCCCUGACAAGCUAAACCUACAGCAGUAAUCUCCCUUUUGCCAUAAAAGCUCAAUUCACCAGAGCCAUUCCAGAUCAUUGAGUUUAAGAUAGGCCAACUCCAGACUGUGACCCGGUAAAACUAUGCUUACUGCAGCUGAAUGAAGCUAAAAUAGUUACUGUCUGAGUUAUGUAUUUCUUUCAUCUUCCACAAAGAAUCUGGGUCAGCUGUGCUAGAUCAAGCAGCAAAGACAUCUAUUCACUUACCUGUGCUUUGAGGCAGCACUGUUCAGGGCCUGCUAUAAAAAGACAGAUUGCUGGGAGACACUAGAACAAGGCACGCUUCCUUAUUCUUUCAGCAAAGUUCACCACAACUGAGGGCCGAGCCCAUGCUGUACGUAUGAACAUGUACAAAUACAUUCUCCUCUAAAGGAGUUGACUCACUCAAAGCCUCUCGUUAUUGUAAAUCAAUGUAAAUAUUUAAUUAAAAACUUUGAACAUUUUUUAAACCAUUGAUGCUGUGACGGUGCAAACAGCAUACAAUUUAUUGCUCAACUUCUGCAUGGGUACAUACAUUAAGUAUUUAAAAACCAUUUUAUACAGAUGUUUUGUUAAAGCUCAUGUAACAGCUGGGUGAAAAUACAAUGGAUAUCAAUGCUAAAACACUUUGUAAUAAAUACAAUGGAAAUGAUAAACUAAAAACUGUCAGUUUGUGGAGGGGGAGUUACAAUUGAAGAUAAACUAAUUACAGCUACAGAUAAAGCUCUAAAGAUGUGGUAGAGCCAAAAGCCUACGAUAGAGAAUGUCAAGUACAACAAUGGGCACCUGUUAACUAUAUGGUGCAGUUUAAAAUCUGAAGCAAUGGGAGCAUGCUACUUUAAGCUGUAAGAUGAUGCAUACUUAUGAGAAAGAAGCAAAGCUUUUACUUCCAUCCAUGCAGCCAGUUUAAACGCACCAGAAGUUCAAUAUAAGUGUAGUGUUGUGGAACAAAACUAAAGAAGGGAAACUUGUGUGCUCUGGACUUUAGUACAAUGCAAACAUUUGGUAAAAAUAAAUCAGUUUAGGGAAACUGAACCUAUGUGCAAAAAAAAAAAAAAAAAAAAAAAAAUUAGAAUACAUACUGUA